GGAUUUGGGGCGACCCUGGUCGAUGCCCUUGUAGCCAGGCGAGCCGGAGGAAACGGGAGCCGGAGAGCCAAGCGAGGGGCGCCUUGGUCCCCGCAACCCGUCUUCCCUCCCUCCCCCCUUUAUUCCUUCCUUGCUCUUCUUCCAAACGCCCCCCCCCCUUUCCUUCUCAGGCGAGAGAAGCAGAGUGUGUUUUUCAAACCUCUCCAGCUUGGAGUUUACAGCGAAGAUCGAGGAAGAAGAGCAGGAGGAGGAGGAGGAGGAGGAGGAGUGGAGCUCGCCCUGCUGGGCCCCAGCAUGGAUCACUUAGGGGCUCACCACCUCCACCAGAGCCACGCCGAGCCCAUCAGCUUCGGGAUCGACCAGAUCCUCAACAACCCGGACCAAGGGAGCUGCAUGAUCUCCAACGCGCGGCUGCAAGAGGCGGCGGCGGAGUACGGCUUGGCGGGAUGCGGCGGCCCUUACAACCCCAUGGCUGGCCACUACGGCUCGGGCAACGGGGGCGGCAACAACGGCUCCGCUUCCUCCUCUUCCUCCUCCUCCUCGGCGUACCCGCAGCCCGGAGGGCCUUGCAGCAUGGCGGCCUCUCUGUCGGGCUCCUACAACAUGAACCUCGGGGUCGGGGCCAUGAACGGGGCAGCGGGUGGGGGCGUCAUCCGGGUCCCGGCGCACCGGCCCCUCGCGGGCGGCGUCCACCCGCAGGCCCUGGCCACCGCCAUGCCCACCGUGCCCUCCGUCAACAACCUCACCGGGCUGACCUUCCCCUGGAUGGAGAGCAACCGGCGCUACACCAAGGACCGCUUCACAGUGGCCCUCUCACCGUUCACUGUAACACGCCGUAUAGGUCACCCCUACCAGAACCGGACGCCGCCCAAGAAGAAGAAGCCCCGCACCUCCUUCACCCGCCUCCAGAUCUGCGAGUUGGAGAAGCGCUUCCACCGGCAGAAGUACCUGGCCUCCGCCGAGAGGGCCGCCUUGGCCAAGGCCCUGAAGAUGACCGACGCCCAGGUCAAGACCUGGUUCCAGAACAGGAGGACCAAGUGGAGGCGACAGACUGCAGAGGAGAGGGAAGCCGAGAGGCAGCAAGCCAAUCGCAUCCUCAUGCAGCUUCAGCAAGAGGCCUUUCAGAAAACCAUCAACCAGCCCAUCCAAGCAGACCCCAUCUGUGUUCACAACUCCUCCCUCUUUGCCCUCCAGAACCUCCAGCCAUGGUCAGAUGACUCUUCUAAGAUCACCAGCGUUACGUCUGUAGCAUCAGCCUGUGAGUGAAGCCUGGAUUUUGCCUAUGCAUGGACCUAUUGUGUUACAAGACAGCUGGCCUUCUUUGACAGCACUGGGAGAAGAUAACAUUGCCUAGAAAAGGAAUGGACCAGCAACCAGACAAUGCCCUGGGCAAGCCAGUGUUGUCUGCGUGACGAACGUGCCCCUACAAUCACUUGUUGGAGUAUUAAGGCCCUCCUCACUUUAAUAUUUUUAAUUCAUCAUCAUCCUUGUCUUUGAGUUUCUAAAACCAGAUUUUGAACAACCAUACCAGGUCUCCAAAAGACAUUUGUAGGGAGAGAACAAGCUCUUGUGUUUUUCCAACUUUCCCAAGAUUCAUGUUACUCAGCUUGCAGAAGGUAUUAAGAUUUGCUUCCCGAUAUACACAUUUUAGACUGAUUCUUUUUUUGGUAAAAAAGAAAAAACUUAUUCAAAUUUGAGUAGAGAAUUGGAAAAACCUUCAAAGAACCCCUGAAAGACGUUUAGAUUCAACAAACAAGAAAUCGCAGUCUCAUUUUUUUAAAUCUUCAAAGAUGUAACCUGGGCCGCUCUUCUCUUACUUAUUUUCUCCCUGCUGAAGGAAUGAAACUGGGAUGAUUGUUGAAUGUAAACAUCACAUAGCAAACCACUGUGUGAAAGCUGUGCUCAGUUUCCCAGGCUACCAGAGACUCUGCAUUGAUCAACUUAUAUUUUAAUAACUCUGAGGCAUCUGUAGCAUUUUUGCAGGGGUAAUGCAGUUUCACUUGAUGGAUAUUUUGGUAUGGUUUAUGAUAUUGUUCAAUAUUUUAUUUUAUUUUGCUUGAGAAGUCAGCUUUGCAAUGGGGGGGGGGGGGGAUUGUUGCAAUGUGGAGACCAACAUCCUGCCUUCCCAUAUCCUGACCAGCAAUUCCACACAUUUCUUUUCAUUGUGUUAAGGAAAAGCUUGAUAUUAAUUUAAGCACUUCUUAUAGCAAACUCUGAGACUAUAUAAAGAUAUCUACGGUAUAUAAUUUCCAGAUAUGUUUAACCUAAGCAUCACUGCCGUUUAAAAUCAGGUGAUACGCACACACACACAGCCAAUUAUAUAUCAGAAAAUAAUAUUUUUACCGAGUUUUUGAACUACAUCCUUUGGUUUCUUUUUAAGUUAUGCACUUAUAAGAUGGUUUCAUUUUUGUGUAUAUUCAUUUUCUAAAGUGUUUGUGUAAUUUAUGUGGAAAAAUGAAUAAAAGGGAAAAAUCAGUCCAUA